GAAAAGAGAAGAAAAUUGAGGUUUUAUCAUCUUUUUAGAGAGUUUGUUUUAUUCUUUUAGUUGCUUCUGAUUCUCUCUAUUGAGUAAAAACCGAAAGGAGGAAACUAAUCCUAAGAAGGGAAUGCAGAGAGAUGGUCGGAGUAUCGCCGGUGAAAACUAGACUGUGUGAUCGGUUUAACCGAUCUGUCGGCGGCAGGAAUUGCCACCGGAAACACGUCGAGGACGGGUGAUCCUGUUUUCACAACUCUCGAAUCUCUCCUGAUUAAUCUCAAAAUCCGUUAAAUCCUUCUUUUUUUUAUAUUCCUUUGUUUUUUCUUUUCGUUCAAAAAUAUUUCAAAAUCAUCGUUUGUAAAAAAAAAAAAAAUCAUGGUGGGAGGAACAAAAGCAGUGGAGAAUGGAUCUGACGGCGGCUGUAACAGUACGGGGCUGCUUCACGGCCGUUACGAGCUAGGUCGUCUUCUAGGUCACGGAACAUUCGCGAAGGUGUACCAUGCUCGUAACGUACAGACCGGGAAAAGCGUGGCGAUGAAGGUCGUUGGGAAAGAGAAAGUGGUGAAAGUUGGGAUGGUGGAUCAGAUAAAACGAGAGAUCUCUGUGAUGAGGAUGGUGAAACACCCUAACAUCGUCGAGCUUCACGAAGUCAUGGCCAGCAAAUCCAAGAUCUAUUUCGCCAUGGAGCUCGUACGAGGCGGCGAGUUGUUCGCCAAGGUAGCCAAAGGGAGACUACGAGAAGACGUCGCUCGUGUUUAUUUCCAGCAAUUGAUCUCAGCCGUUGAUUUCUGCCACAGCCGUGGCGUUUAUCACCGAGAUCUGAAACCGGAGAAUCUGUUGUUAGAUGAGGAAGGUAACCUCAAGGUGACUGACUUUGGUCUCUCUGCUUUUACUGAGCAUUUGAAGCAAGACGGGCUUCUUCAUACUACUUGUGGAACUCCGGCGUACGUUGCUCCGGAGGUUAUACUGAAGAAAGGAUACGACGGAGCUAAGGCUGAUCUGUGGUCUUGUGGUGUCAUACUCUUCGUGCUUCUUGCUGGUUAUUUGCCUUUUCAAGAUGAUAAUCUUGUGAAUAUGUAUAGGAAGAUUUACAGAGGAGAUUUCAAAUGUCCUGGUUGGCUUUCUUCUGAUGCUAGAAGGCUUGUGACGAAGCUUCUUGAUCCCAAUCCGAGUACGAGGAUUACGAUUGACAAGGUUAUGGAUUCUUCUUGGUUCAAGAAGACUGCGACGAGAUCAAGAAACGAAUCAGUUGUUGCUCUUGCUGCCUCCACAGCCACGGAGGGAGAAGCUGAGGAUGGUGAUGUCUUGGUGCACAAGUCGAAGGAAGAGACGGAGACGCUUAACGCGUUUCACAUAAUCGCCUUAUCCGAAGGGUUUGAUUUGUCUCCCUUGUUUGAGGAGAAGAAGAAAGAAGAGAAGAGGGAGAUGAGAUUCGCGACUUCUCGGCCAGCGAGUAGCGUGAUUUCGAGUUUGGAAGAAGCGGCGAGAGUUGGGAAUAAGUUCGACGUGAGGAAGAGUGAGAGCAGAGUGAGGAUCGAAGGGAAACAGAAUGGCCGGAAAGGGAAACUGGCGGUGGAAGCGGAGAUAUUCGCGGUGGCUCCGUCGUUCGUUGUAGUGGAAGUGAAGAAAGAUCAUGGAGAUACUCUCGAGUACAACAACUUCUGCAGUACUGCUCUUAGACCAGCUCUCAAGGACAUUUUCUGGACUUCUACACCUGCUUGAAUGUGAAUUAUUCUUGUGUGUUUUUUUUAUAUAAUUUCUCCUGUGUACUAUAUUGUUAAGGAUUCUCUAGAUUCGAUUCGUGAUUCUUGUUCUUGAUUCUUAAUGUGGUUUCGUUUGUUGAAUCGUGAAACAAAAAAGUUUUAAGUAGUUUGUGUGUUCUUGUGUCGUGGCCAAUUUGUUGCGUCAGGAAUGAGAGAGUGUUGUGUGUGUGGUUUAGAACGGUUGUCUUAAAAGAUUCCAUUCCAUCGUCAAUAAAUGAUAAUUAUGACUCU